CCCAUUUAUUGCAUAGGACCUGCCGGGUUGCAGACUCCCACAUCUACACGUCGAGUUCAGUCCGCCCCACCCCAACACGUUUUCCUCCUACCGUCGCCGGCCACCGGCCAUCUCCACCUCCAGCCAGCCAUGUCGAAGUACGGAACCAUCCCCAUCUCCUCCUCCUCCUCCGAUGCCCCGCCUCCCGGCUCCUCUCCGCUCGACUUCAUCUCCCGGGCCAAGGCCCGCGGCGCGUCGGCACUCGCGACGCGCCAACCCUGGCGUGAGCUGGCCGACCCAAAGGCCCUCGCUGUGCCCCGGGGGCUAGGGGACGCCUACCUCCGCGCCCGCGCCAACCUCGCGCAUUUCUCCAUGAACUACGCCAUCGUGGUCCUCGGCGUCGUCUUCCUCUCCCUGCUCUGGCACCCCUUUUCCCUCAUCGUCUUCCUCGCCUGCAUGGUCGCCUGGGUCUUCCUCUACUUCCUCCGCGACGUCCCGCUCGCUCUCUUCGGCCACACCAUCGGUGACGGCGUCGUGCUCGCCGUCCUCUCGGCCCUCACGCUCAUCCUGCUCCUGCUCACCGGAGCCACCGGCAACAUCCUCACCUCGCUGCUCGUCGGGCUGGUGCUCGUCCUGCUGCACGCCUUGCUGCAUCGCCCCGCGGACAGCAUCGACGAGGAGGCCGGACGGUGGUACACACCCGUCACACCGCCGCAGCCGUACUAGUCUUUUAAUUCUGAGCUGCUCCUUGUAAUCUCGUUGGUUCUUGGUCUGUGAAUUUUGUUCCGUGGAUCGCAGCACUCGUUAAUUAUUUUGUUGAGUCGUAUCCGUGUGAAAUAAGUGUUCUUGUUCCAUUUUUAUCUUUUUGAACAUCGAUGAGACGAUGAACUAUGGGAUUAUUGGGAACAGGUGACCAAUUUGAAGUCAACUUCCGCUCAAUUGUAUGUUUCUUGUAUAAUAAUGGAUUAAUGGUUGCUUA